CUGUGUACCCCGAAACAAACUCUAUUCCAGCAUUAUUUGCCGGAAGGCCAUCGAUGCUACAGUUGCGUGCACUGUCGUGCAAAUUUGGCCAGUCAUAAUGAUCUUAUUUCUAAGUCCUUCCAAGGCAGUCAAGGGAAAGCGUAUUUGUUCAACUCAGUUGUAAACAUCGGUACGGGUCCUGCAGAAGAGCGAGUCCUACUUACCGGAUUGCAUGCUGUAGCCGAUAUCUAUUGCCAGUGUUGUAAAACGACGCUUGGGUGGAAAUAUGUGAGUGUUUUUCAGGAUUUCUUCUUAAUUCAUUCAUUUAUAUAUUCAUCCUGUGGAAGAAAUUCCCUCUAG